AUGGAGCCAGGAUCAGGUUCUGUCAACCUCUUUGAAAGGUUCAGCUCGCUUUCUUCAGAUGACCGUUCAUUAUAUUAUAAUCCUGAAGCUCCCUACACAGAAGUCCAAUUUCAUGAAAUAAAAAACACAAUUGACAAAUGCAAGAAAAAAUCUUCCAGCACAAAAAUAAAAUCACUCAAUAAACUUGUGACAGCUUGCAAUGAGGCGACUGAUUUUACGUUGCUUAUUGAUAUGCUUCCUAAUUGGGUUUACUUGUUUUCUUCACUCACCAAAUUUGAGGCAGAAAAAGCAGUCCGUGAAGCAGCAUUUAAAACACAAAUUGUUUUCUUUUCCAAAUUUAUACUAUUUUUAUUAAAUAAUUUUCUAUUAAAUUAAUAAUUUUUUUCAAUAAAUUCAUAUAAAUAAGCAUAAGAAAUCAUUUGCUAAAUAUUUAGACGAAAUUUUUACCCCACUGUGGCUAGGAAGAUGUGACCCAUGCCGAGAGGUCGCUGAAAAUGCAAAACGGGCUUUUUCCGCUGCUUUCCCAGAAGACAGGCAGCCAAAAGUAGUCGAAAAAUGCUUUGAAAGAUACAUGAGAGAGAGCAUGAGCAUUUUAAGAGAAGACAUCAAAGAAAAAGAAGAAAUCAACGAAAGGUUAAUGAGCUGCUCAAUUCUUGGCAUAAAAGAAGCAGUAGAAAUGACUGACACAAUUAUCCCACAAAUUGCACCUUUAUAUGAAAGCUUACCUAUAUGGAAUUUUACAGCUUCAAACUAUUUGCCAUUGGUCAGAUCUGCCAGUAUGUUUUGUAUAAAUACUUUUCUAAACAAAGGAAUUUUACAAAGAGAUCAUUAUAUGAGGAUGCUACCACUUAUAUUUGGGCUACUCAAAGAUAAGAAUAGGCUAGUACAUCAAGCAUUGUGGGACCAAACUUUUCUCAAUUUUUUAGGAAAAUUUCCUGAAUUUAAGGAUAAUGUUGACACAAAUAGCAUAAUAAAAGACUUAUGCUCAUGCUUGGUAAAUGGAGCAUAUGGUGCUGGACCUGUCUUUUAUCCACAGCUAGUCAAGUUUCUUACUCCCCCCCCCUUUUAAAUUGAAACAAAAUAUAGGUAAAAUUCCUACUUUUUUGGGAAAUUACCCCCCUUUAAAUUGAAACAAAAUUUUUUGUUUCAAUUUUUUUUUGGGGGGGGAGUUAGUUUUCUGGGCAAUGAAAAACUAGGUGGAAAAAAGACUAUUGAGAAUCUUUUCCUGGCUAUAUUAAAAGGAUUUAAUUCUGAGGAUGGAAAUUUCCAUGGGAAAUUUAUUUUGAAUGCUUAUUAUGAAGUAGUGGUCUUUGUGUCUAUCAAGCUUCCAGAAAAAUCCAAAGACAUUAAUAAAUUCAUAUUAGAACCUGCCAAUAUGUACUUGCAGUCUCAAUCCCUGAUUACUCCAAUUAUGCAUUUAAAUGUAGUUCCUGGCUUAUUAGGCCAAACUCUCGGGUAUCUAGAGCAACGCGGCAUUUUCCCCGAAAUUUCUGAAUAUCUUUACCAGCUAAGUUAUGGAGGCCUCCAGCAAUCUCCACAGGUCGCCAUUGCCUUUUUAAAGGAGCUUAACAAUGAGUUGACGUCUAAAGGUCCUCAAUGUCGCAGCUUAAUAAGAAACUUGAUCCAUAUAAUGCACAGCCAAAUUUCCCAAGACAUAGAAAACAAAUUCACAAUUAACGACCACGAGCAGCUCCAAAAUAAGCUAAAAAUGCUUCUGGCCUUCACAGAAAUUUCUUCAUCUCUUGAUAUUCCUAUUUAUGACUGGUGGACACGAGGCAUUAAUGAAAAAUUAUCAGUCGAAAUCCUCAGAAUUUUGGUUUCUAUAUUGAAAACUGACCCAAAACAAUGGUGGAGAGCAGUGGUCCAAAGCAAAAUUUCUUAUGAUAAUUUACCUUUAUUAAUCCCUGACGUCUUUUCUGAAGCUUUACUUAAAGCUGCAGACGCAGCAGAGCUUGAAGAUUUAGUGACUGGACUUAUAAAUUCAUUAAAAGACUCCACAAACUUGGCAGUUUCAGCUGUUUUGAUUGGAAUUUUGUUAAAUAUAAGCACAUCUAAGCUAAUCACACUUAUUCCUCUGCACACAAAAAUAAGAAAAAACGUGUUUAUACUAUUGGAAUUGCACAAAGAAGAAGAAUUAAGUCUGCAGGAAGUAAUGAAUAUGUGGAAAGAAAGCUUAGAAAAAGAAAGGAAUGGAGAUGAGGUCUGCUUUAUAUGCUGCAGGGCUAAUGAAAUCAAUGACAGCUCGCUGCCUGACCUUGAGUGUAUAAGCUGUCGGAAUAAAGUCCACAAAGCCUGCGUUGAAAAUGUAGAAACUAAAGAAAAGUGCUUAUAUUGUGAAGAAAAAUUUAGCGAAAUAGUUAACUUAUAGCACAUUUAAAAUUUCUAUUAGGUUAGGGCUCAGGCCCUAUAUCCAUCUCUGUGAGAGAAGUUCACGACUUCUUGAGAAUCUCAGCUCAAGAGAAUGGGUCUACAUGUGUCUGAUAUAAACUGGAAGGAUUUAGGGACAGAAACAGUUUGAAAGUUAGGCAGCCCACCUACCGUUAUUCAGAGCUGUGGUCCAAGCUGAGGCCAAGAAGUACAUGACUUAAAGAGUUAUCUUAAACUUAAACUUAUAA